AACCUGGCCGCACCCUCCAGAAAGAAACCUUGAAAGUUAACAAAACCCGCCGGAGUCUCACUGUCCCAUCCAAGUGAAUCAUUUUUCAAUUGUUAAGAAAGGCGAACUAUCUCUCUCGGCGAGCUCAGAUCCCUGAUCUAGGGCACUUUUUACAUCUCCCUCGUUUUCAUCGCUUAACUUGAUAUGUCGAUCUCCGCUCAAAAUCCUGAUAUUUCCGGCGAAAGGCAAUCCGGCCAAGAUGUCCGUACUCAGAACGUGAUGGCUUGUCAAGCUGUUUCAAACAUUGUUAAAACCUCUCUUGGUCCCGUCGGACUCGACAAGAUGUUGGUGGACGAUAUUGGUGAUGUGACCAUUACCAAUGACGGUGCUACCAUUCUUAGGAUGUUGGAGGUCGAACACCCUGCUGCUAAGGUUCUUGUUGAGUUAGCUGAACUCCAGGAUAGAGAAGUUGGCGAUGGGACUACAUCUGUUGUCAUUGUUGCUGCUGAGUUGCUCAAGAGGGCAAAUGAUUUGGUUAGGAACAAAAUACAUCCUACAUCAAUUAUCAGUGGAUACAGGCUAGCGAUGAGAGAAGCUUGCAAAUACAUUGAGGAGAAAUUGGUGACUAAGGUCGAAAAGCUUGGGAAAGCUCCAUUGAUUAACUGUGCUAAAACCAGCAUGUCCUCCAAACUGAUCUCUGGUGACAGCGAUUUCUUUGCCAAUUUGGUUGUGGAUGCAGUUCUGUCUGUUAAGAUGACAAAUCAGCGAGGGGAGAUAAAAUACCCUAUCAAGGGUAUUAAUAUUCUGAAAGCUCAUGGACAAAGUGCAAAAGACAGCUAUUUGUUGAAUGGAUAUGCACUCAAUACUGGCCGUGCUGCCCAAGGGAUGCCAUUGCGAGUUUCUCCAGCGAAGAUUGCUUGCCUCGACUUCAAUCUCCAGAAGACGAAAAUGCAGCUCGGUGUCCAAGUUGUUGUUAACGAUCCACGAGAACUUGAAAAAAUCCGUCAAAGAGAAGCUGACAUGACCAAAGAGCGGAUAGAGAAACUUCUUAAAGCGGGAGCCAAUGUUAUUCUGACCACCAAGGGAAUUGACGACAUGGCACUUAAAUACUUUGUAGAGGCAGGAGCUAUUGCUGUUAGGCGUGUCCGCAAAGAAGACAUGCGCCAUGUUGCCAAGGCAACAGGAGCAACCCUGGUCACCACUUUUGCUGACAUGGAGGGGGAAGAAACAUUUGAUCCGGCACACCUUGGAUCUGCAGACGAAGUUGUGGAGGAGAGAAUCGCUGAUGAUGAUGUUGUGUUGAUAAAGGGAACCAAAACGAGCAGUGCGGUCUCCUUGAUCUUGAGAGGUGCCAAUGACUACAUGCUUGAUGAGAUGGAGAGAGCGCUUCACGAUUCUUUAUGUAUUGUCAAGAGGACCCUCGAAUCCAACACGGUGGUUGCGGGUGGAGGCGCAGUUGAAUCAGCAUUGUCUGUGUAUCUGGAGCACCUUGCUACAACCUUGGGCUCUCGUGAACAAUUGGCUAUUGCCGAAUUUGCCGAUGCGCUAUUGAUUAUACCAAAGGUGCUUGCAGUAAACGCUGCUAAGGAUGCAACCGAGUUGGUAGCUAAACUAAGAGCAUACCACCACACCGCACAAACCAAGGCUGAUAAGAAGCACUAUUCAAGCAUGGGACUUGACCUUGUUAACGGAACCAUUCGUAACAAUUUGGAAGCUGGAGUGAUCGAACCAGCGAUGAGCAAAGUCAAAAUUAUCCAGUUUGCAACAGAGGCAGCCAUUACCAUUCUGCGAAUUGAUGACAUGAUCAAACUGGUGAAGGAAGAUGGCCAAGGCGAUGAGUAACCAAACUUCAAGCUUCUCUUUGUUCGUCAUAUCUUUAGUGUGCGUUUCUCUGUCAGCUUCUUUUUCGAGCUGUAACAACGACAUAUCCUCUGAAACAUCAGUUUAUGUUUUUUCUUUUUUUUUACUUCAAUGUCUUUUCGGAUUUAUCGUUUUCUGAACAAUAUUUUAAUUCGUUGUUUUUCGAUACUAGUGUUAAAAUUUUCCAUUAAAUAGUUAGUGUCA